CAGCGAGCAGCGUAAAGGAGACAGCAGCUUUGACUUCACUCACCGUUAGCAAAACAUCAGGAUUUCUCACGAUAUUUUUACGGAUAUUCAGCCAUGCUGAGCGAGAUUUCAGAUGAUGUGCAGCAGAUGCAUAAGAAUGCAUUGCGAGACUCUGUGCUGACCUCAGCUCUGUCCACUUCUCUUCUGGGAGGUCAGUCAGUGCGAGAGGUGAUCCAGAAAGGCCACUACACUCCUCUCUCAGUAUGUGCAAACGAAGACUCCAUUCACAGGGUCAAAAGAGGAGAUUGGGAAGCCUUAGAGGACGUCAUAUCUCGAGAGUUUCCUCCAGGAUCCGAAGGCCGGAGACUGGUUCUUUAUGGCGGUGCUGGAAUGGGCAAGACCACAGCGGUAGAAAAGAUAAUUUGGGAUUGGGCGACGGGUAUACACCUGCAACAUUACGCUCUCCUCAUACGAGUGCCUGUUUUGGAGCUGCUCACUCUUGAGGGGAAAGCUGAGAGUUUGCAGAGCAUGCUAGGUCGUAUGUAUGCUCACAUAUCAGCAGAGACUCUUACCUUGGCUCUGCAGAGACCUCAGUGUUUGCUUCUUGUGCUUGACGGACUUGAGGAAUCGCAGAAGCUUCUUUGCACUCCAUCUACUCUUAUAUGUGAUCCACAUCAAGAAGCAACCGGCUUAGCACUAUUGCUCAGUCUGCUUGAAGGAUCUCUGCUUCCUGAAGCCUCAAUGCUGAUCACAUCAAGAGAACAAGUCAAGAUUGAGUCUUUGAGAUGUUUUGAGGUGGUCGGAUUCUCCCAGACCCAAAGGAGAACAUUCUUCCAGCAUUUCUUUGGAGAGCAAUCCGAGAGACGUUUAUGUCAAGUUGAGCAAACAUUGGGAGUUUAUGAGCAGUGCUUUCAUCCGGCCUUCUGCUGGACACUUUGCAAUGUGUUUAAAGCUCGGUUUGAGGCUAAAAACGACCCACCUGAGACUCUCACGCACCUGCUCAGCAUCAUUACACACACACUCCUGGAGAAGCCGAAGAUGAAUGCUGAACAAACCAGAGAGAUUGUGUUCGCUUUGGGAAAACUUGCAAAUCCGGUUUACUCCACUAGUGAUUCCAGGUCUGUUCUGCAUCUGCACCACCCAGGAGUUUCUGAUUUCUUAUUGGCUAAAGGUGAUGCCACAUUCACAUUCCUCUCUCCAAUAAUGCAAGAGUUCUUAUUGGCCGCCUCGUUUUAUCUCGACCAAUCCGUGCAGGAAAUCUCAGACAAACACUCAGAUCUUUAUUACACUUUUCUAGCAGGACUUUCCGACUCAAUCCAACGUAAACCACUGGAAGACUCUGUCGGCAGUUUUGACGAAAGCCGGAUUUCUGAGUUCUCCCAUUGGAUGAUGGGACUUGUUUCUAGAGUGUUGUCGGAUAGAGACCAGGCGAAACAUUUCCGUGUUUUUCAGCUUCUGCAUCAUGCACGUAAUCCGUCUCUGGUUAAGGAAAGCAUUAGUAAGUGCAAAUGGCUGCAUGUGAGCUACACGUCCAUGCAGGAGGCCGACUGCGCUGCGCUGUCAUAUGCAGUGAGUUGUGUGGGAGAGAUGGAGCAUAUGAAUCUAUAUAGAGCAGAGCUAACAGAUGAACAGGUCCAGAGACUUAUGCCAGCUUUACGGCUGUCGAAAAGAAUUAGUCUAUCACAGAGUCGCCUCAGUUUGGCAGCUAUCACACACCUGUCAGCAGCACUGGCUGAUGGACAGACCAUCGCCCUGGACUUUUCCUACUCCAGAUUGGAAAGAGAAUCCGUUAAAACCCUCAGUCAUGCACUCACAAGCUCCAAACUGCAAUCAAUCAACUUGUCUAGAUGUUCAUUGACCGCAGCUGAUUGUGAAGCAAUGGCUGAAAUGCUCUCUGGAGGAUCCGGUCUGCGUGUUUUGGAUCUCUGUGGGAAUAAUCUGGAAGAUCAGGGCCUGGUUCAACUCAGCGGUGCAUUGGAAAACUGCAAACUACAGGAAAUCAAUCUGGAUCAUUGCUCACUGACGGCAACGUCCAUGUCCGCUCUGUCUUCAGCUUUAAACAGUGAUUUUUCAGAGCUGAACAUGCUAAAUUUGAGCAGGAAUGCAGUGAUGGAUGACGGGAUGGAGCUGAUCUCACAAGUCAUGCGGAAAGGACGCCUCAAAAUAUUGAGAGUGUUUUCCUGCGGGUUGACUGACUCCUGCUGCUCAUCUCUGGCAGCUGCCAUCCAAUCAGAACACUGCUGUCUGACCGAGCUGGACCUGUCCGUCAAUGAUCUCGGCCAAUCAGGAGCGAUGCAGAUAUGUGAAGCCCUCAUGACUCCUAAUUGCACACUUGAGAUACUUCAAAUGGAGAGAUGUGAGUUGACUGAGGAGGUGUUUGGAGCAUUAGGGAUGGUGUUAAUGUCUGGUGUGUCGAGACUCAUCAGUCUCUCUGUAGGAGUCAAUGAUGUUGGUGAUGGUGGAGCCAAACACAUGUGGCAGGCGCUGAGACACAAAUCCUGCAAGCUGCAUCACCUGGAUCUGGAGAUGUUGUCGCUGACAGACGCAUGUGUUGAGGAGUUAUGUGAUUCUGUUGCUGCUAGCAGUUAUUUAUCAACGCUGAUCCUGAAGAACAACAAAAUGACAGACUCAUCUGUGCCUCGACUGGUGAAAUUAAUGCUGGACCAUCCUCAAAUGACAGAACUCAAUUUGAAGUAUAAUGACUUCAGUGAGGAUGUUUUUGAGUUGAUGGAAACGUGCCCAAAUAUCAUUUACUAGAGAAACGCAUCUCAGGUUUGAACAUCUGAAUAUUCACAAUAAAUUAAAAUAGAUGCA